CAAGGGAUCUGACUAAUGGUCAACGAAUUUUCACGAAAUAUAAACGCAAUCGCAGCGUUGUCACCGGUCCGGUAUUUUCGUCAUUUUCCGUCGAUAAACAACGCAUUUAAAGCUUCUUUCGUGUUUUAUAUUUGUGUUUGUAUGACUGCGCUGGCAAGUGAAGUAGCACAGCAGCGAAAGAUUGUACCCCUAACGUUAGGUACGCUAGGUCAGGUGAUAUCUCCAUCUUCCUGUUUUCCUGCGUCAGAUUAAAUCAACGGAGACCUCCCCUCGAGUGAAGUGGAACGACCCAUCCCUCAGCCAUGUCUUACAUGCUGACGCACUUGCACAACGGCUGGCAAGUGGACCAGGCCAUUACCUCGGAGGAGGACAAAGUGGUCAUCAUCCGCUUCGGCCACGACUGGGACCCCACCUGUAUGAACAUGGACGAGAUCUUGUUCAAGAUCGCCGACAAGGUCAAAAACUUUGCCAUGGUCUACCUGGUCGACAUCACUAAAGUGCCUGACUUCAACAAGAUGUACGAGCUGUACGAUCCAUGCACUACCAUGUUUUUCUUCCGCAACAAGCACAUCAUGAUUGACUUGGGCACGGGCAACAACAAUAAGAUCAACUGGGCGUUGGAGGACCCCCAAGAGAUGAUUGACAUUGUGGAGACGGUGUACAAGGGGGCGAGGAAGGGGCGUGGUCUGGUGGUCUCGCCCAAGGAUUACUCCACCAAGUACAGAUACUGAUCGGCCGAUCUUGGGACAAAACUACCUCCAGGCUACGUCAUGCAUUGUUUUUCCUUUCUUUUGUAACUUAAGACUUCACAUAUAUGUACACACACAAAUUUGUUUGUGGUGAAAAUCGAG